UAUUCUGGGGAUUGGACGCGCCAUUAGUAGUUUGACUAUCGAGCGAAAAUGAGUGAAAAUGUAAAAGUUGUGGUGCGCUGUCGACCUAUGAACCGAAAAGAAAAUGAAAGUAAAUGUGAAAACAUUGUUGAAAUUAAUGAAUACGCAAUAUCUGUGCUAAAUCCGUCAGCCCGUAAUAGUCAAAAAAAAAUGUUCACCUUCGAUAGUGUGUACGACAUGAUCUCAAAAACUGAAGUUAUUUAUAACGAAAUGUGCUAUUCUUUAGUGGAGAGCACGUUAGAUGGAUACAAUGGCACUAUAUUUGCCUAUGGCCAGACUGGAUGUGGUAAAACACAUACGAUGCAGGGCGAUGGUAGCGCUAAAGAUGGUUAUAAUUGCGGAAUAAUACCCAGAUGCUUUGAACAUAUUUUUGAAACAAUAUCUAUGGCCACUAAUAUUAGGUAUUUGGCUUUAGUAAGUUAUUUGGAAAUUUACAAUGAAAAUAUUCGAGAUUUAUUGUCUGAUUCUACGGGUAUUAUGAAUCAUCCGCUCAAAGAAAUGCCAGGCGUGGGAGUGACAGUGCCAACUUUAACUACACAACCAGUAAUCAAUGCAAAACAAUGCUAUUAUUGGCUCAAAUUAGGCAACAAAAACCGUGUUACAGCUACUACUCUAAUGAAUGAACAAAGCUCCCGCUCGCACACUAUAUUUACAAUAAGUUUGGAGCAAUUUCAAGGACCUUCUUCCUCAUCAGUAUCGAGUAUUCCAUCGGGGGAUAUAAUGGGAGGAAUUCGUCGCGGAAAAUUAAGUUUGGUUGAUUUGGCAGGUUCUGAAAGACAGCGUAAGACUGGAGCUCAGGGUUCGCGAUUUAAAGAGGCUACAAAAAUUAAUUUGUCGCUUUCUGCUUUGGGAAACGUAAUUUCAUCAUUGGUCGAUAGUAAAUCAAAACAUGUACCAUAUAGGGAUUCAAAACUUACACGACUGCUGCAGGACUCUUUAGGAGGCAAUACAAAAACUCUCAUGAUAUCAUGUAUUUCACCAGCAGACUCAAACUACGACGAGACUCUAUCCACACUGCGUUACGCUAGCAGGGCAAAGAAUAUUUCAAAUAAACCAAAAAUUAACGAAGAUCCAAAAGAUGCUCAACUUCGUCAGUAUCAAAGUGAAAUAUUACAUUUAAAAAGAAUGCUCGAAGAAUCCGAACAAAAAAUAUUCCGUAGAAAAGAUGAAGAUAACAAUAUAAUACAAUUAUCUCAUAUAAAUUCUGAUUUGCAAAGUCCAAGUGCAGACUUGGACAUUGCCAAUAUGAAUUUCCCGACACCAAAACCUGAAAUAGACUACCUAUCUGAGCUAAAUAAACCAAAGGUUUCCGAAUCAAGUGAUGAGCUGCAACUACAAGCACGAAAUCGUAUCGAUUUUAUUAAACGCACAUUGAUUGGAGGUGAACGUGCUAAUGAUUUGCAGCUAAGGGAACGGCAUCGAGUACGAAAAAUAGCAGCACAACGCCACUUGAGCGCCAUUGCCAACGCAUUAAGUAGAGUCGAAAGCGAGGAUCGAGACCUUUUACAAGGUCAUUAUGCCAGUAUUACACAGGAAAUAAACAUAAAAAAUGAGCAUAUUAGAAUCUGCAGACAAAAAAUUAAAAUGCUUGAAAGAGAAGUUGCUGAUUUAAACUCCGAGUUUCAACUAGAUCGAGAGGACUAUUUAGAUGAAAUUCGAAAUCUCGGACGUAAUAUAAAAUUUUUUCAACAAUUAUUUAGUAAAGUUCAACCUAUUCUUCGAAGAAACGGAAAAAAUUGGUGUCCCACCGUUAUUUUAGAAAAUUCAUUUUGGAAUGAUGAUCUUAAAGUUUGGAGGAUUCCGGACACAGAUACCUUAAAGCUGCCAGCGGCUCAUCUGAUACCUGAUUUUCAGCGAAUCAAUAGCUCAGGAAUAGGGGAUAUUAAAAACUCAAAAUAUAUUGAAAAAAACACCAAUAUCGCCAGUGUGGAAAAUGACGAAAAGCUAUGUAUUAAUCAUUUUUGUUUUAUGAAGGACUCGGACAACUCAGACAUAGCCAAAGAAACGUAUAAUGUAAAUAUACUUCAAAAUUACUUUCGGUCAACCCGUCAAAAAAAUAAGGACUAUGAACCCAGUACAAAUCGGACUAAGAAGUUUUAUGCUGAAACAGAUAUUAUAUCAACCAAAACUAACAUUCCUAUGGCAACUCAUCUUAAAAAACUUGUGUAUCCUGUAAAAGGGACAACAGAUCACCCUGAUCUUUCAAAAAUUGAUAACCUCUUGGGACAGGAAAAAAUAAUAAAUGAAGAAAUUUCUCUUUAAAUUGUAAAUAUGACUACUUGUCAUUUCUUGUCACAGAUAAUCAAAAUUUACAUUAAUUUAUGCGGCUGUUGCUAAGUUUUAAGCAUUGGAAAUCAACCUCAAACAUUCUUUACCUUACAUAAUUCGAAAUAAAAUAGUCAAAAAAGUUAA